AUGAGCCCCCGGGGCCUUCUCCUUAUUUUGGCGGUGGCCACCCCGAUUUUGGGAAACAGUUUGUUGAAGCGGACGAUACAUGCGGAUGGGAGUCGAGACUUUACCAUCGUCAAACACAUCCAGAAGAACACGUGCAGUUGCAGUUGUAAAUGCGUCCCAGACUCGGUAGCUGAACAAUGGCUAAGCGAUCGCCACGAGCCGGUUAAUAAGCUAGUCGACGAUGCUCCUGAAUCGUCAGCAGUCCUAGAAGCUAUUCUUGGUCCGAGCGCGGGCUCCAAGCCCGAGAAAUCCCCUGAAGCUGUUGCACAAAACAUUGAGAAAACGCUGAGCCACUUGACUCCGGAUGACCGUAAACCGGAAGCUGCCGGAGCCGGUGCCGCUCAACAACGGCCAGCGAAAAAUAGUGUAGCCGAUUUUGAUGCGACAGCACCACUGGCCCACAGAGGUGGAAGUCGAGUUCAAGGAGUCAAAAAUUUGAAUCCAGUCGAGACAACCUCAAGCUCUUCUACCGUAACCCCGCCCACGACUCCAGCAAGUUCAUCAAACUCCGAUUCUGAUGCAGAUUGGACUGAUGAUCAAGAGACCAAGGAUUCGUUGGCUUCUUUGAACAAAGAGGCUGCCAAUUCUGAAGCGACUGAUGUUACAAACGUUGCUAGUAGCAACUCGGACAAGCCCAAUCCUACGCUGAAAGUGACUAUCCAUCCAGCUGCCGAGCCGACGGUGACGGUUCGGGUGAUCGAGGAAUCGAAAUCCGAGACGACUACCGCAAAAUUGGCUGAGAAUAUCGAUCAGCACGUUGAGGUGACGGAGCAGAAGAAUGAGGACCUUCCUACCACUAAACCUGCACUUCCGGAUACGGGCACUACAGUGGCAGCCACCACCAAAGUCGAAGAAAAGACGGAACCAGAAGCUACACCUCUCGCUACUACUACUGUUGGGCUUACGACAAGCCAACAGCCCCAGAAAGACGUUGAAACUACGCAAGCUACGACCACAACAGUCAAAACGGUGGCUACCACCGAGGUCCCGGAGGAAGAAGUGAGGACCACUGCUCGAGUUGCAGAUCUCUUGACGUCAUCAGGAAUGUUUAGAACAAGCCCCCGUGAGCUGCCCCCACGCUGGAAGAGCCUCAUGGAUCGCCUAAAAAUCAAACUGGAAGAGCUGAAGGCCAGAAAGCUGGCCGAAGCCGAAGCGAAGAAACAGGCCGAGUUGACUGCUGCCAAGGCACUCGUUCUCGGUGUUGAACCGACUACUGUAGCUCCAACUACGCAGCAAUCCACAACCACGGUCUCUACAUCUACCGUAACCCAGGCUACCACACCUAAAAUGGUACCAGCGACUUCUGAAGUAGCCAAAACCGGUGAUGAAGCUCCGAGCGGACUCGGGAGAUUGAUUUUGGAGGACAACUCAUCCCAAGCUUCUGGUUCAAAGAUCGUUACUGUAGAUCCGGUAGCUACAGAGGCUACAACUACCACUGUAGCUCCAAGCACAACGGAAGCGACCAAAAAACCGGAAACAGCAGCUUCCACAGUAGCUCCGGGUGCUUCAAAUCCUACCAAAAAACCGGAAGCAGCUCCGACUACGGUAGCUCCAAGCGCUCCCGAAUCUACCAAAAAACCGGAAACAGUUGAGACUAGGAUACCAGGAGCCUCAAGCUCCUCGGAUGCCCCAGUCACUUCAACAACUAAGGCAGCACCGAAAACUCAAGCUUCUGAAGCUACGACGCUAACCUUGGGCUUGCCGACAAAUGCUCCUAAAGACGCGCAGGCUUCGGAAAGCAGCGGAACAACCAAGAUUGACUUGACUACCACAAAACUUGACGAAACCACGACUCCGACUACUGUAGGAGAUUCGGAUUUGACUACCGUACUUCCCAGUGUUGCUCCAAAGGCAGGUGAUGUGCGUCAUGCAGCUGGAGCCACGACGCCUACUGAUGACCUACUGAUGACAGAUGUAACUACUGCUGCUGCUUCUGACACCAAGGAGCCUGAGACCGAAACAACCAAGAAAAGUGACAUUCCGGUUACUGUAGCGACCGUAACUACAACUGAGAAAAAGUCUGAAACAAGUACGAAUGCUCCUAAAGACGCUACUACGGACGCUGCAACUACUGUAGCUUCAGAAACUUCCCGCGCAACUGACGCCAAGACAAGCGCGGUGCCUUCGAUAGCUAAAACUAGCACUACACAAGCUCCUACCACUCCCAAGACUACGGUAGCACAGAACAAUGAUGCUACGGUGGCAACGAAGAAUUCUGAAACCACCACCACGACAGGUUCAGGCCUAGAGAUCGCCUUCAAGACUGCCCCUGCUGAGGAGAGCACCCAAAACUCUAAAGAUGCAGAAGGAACUACGGUGAACCCGAUAGUGGUCUUCCCGAAGAAGGGAAAAAAGGCAAAGGAGCAAGAGAACAGGAAGAACAAGAACCAAGGGCUUGAGAUUGCGUCGGUUUCUGAAGAAGAUGAGCCUAAGGAGAGGGAAGUGAAGAAGCAGUCGGGGAAAAACCAACAGAAAGUGAAGCAGCAGCAGCAGAAGAAGGGAAAGAAAAACAAUAAGAACGAUGAUGAGGAGUAUGAGGUGAUCCCAUCGGAAGAGGAUCUGGACGAUGAGGAUGAGGAAUCCGAAGAAGAGGUGAAGCAGAAGAGGCCGGCUUUCAAGACAAUCCACGCUCACGAUGAUGGAAAUGGUGACGAGAAGCCGAGGCCCGAGCACGUUAAGACGAACAAGUCGGCGCCUAAGCAAAAGCCUGUGACUACUACGGAAAACACCGCGGAAGAAAAUACCACCCCACAACCCGCCUUCUUCACCCUACCCAACUUCAACAACAACUCCGGCAAGAACCAACCGGCUUUGGAAUCGGCCAAGGAAGUCUUCGCAAAGCAGGGGAUUGACUGGACACCGGAAGAGGGG